AUGCCGUCUUCGAAGGCCUCGGAGGCUACGACCGGCAGCAGUAGCUGGCUGGGUGCCAAAGCCAGCAUGCACUUCUCCGUAGACCUCGAGUUGUCCUCGAGGGUAUGGUUCCAUCAAAUCGUGGUGUCCGUGGGCGCCUACCUUGCCAGUGCGCUGGGAAUCACUGCGAGUAUAAUCAUGUUGUGCUUUGCACCACUGCUGCCUGCACCUCGACCUGCGCCUGCCGAACCUGCCGUGAAGGAAAAGGCACGGCGUUCGCGCUCCAAAUCCGUCAAGCGCAAGAAGGCAGUUGCCGAUCUCGCUUCCAAGGCUACGCCCACUACAGAACCUCUGCCAAAGCGACCCUCGAUGCCGGCGAGGCACGUCUCUUUCCAAUCUCAGGAGCCACCUUCGCGUCCGCCGAGUCCCUUCAGGAAAUCGUCUACUUGUGUGCCUCGCCGCUCCAGCUCGCCUCCGCCGUCUCCGCGAUCGAAAAUACUUGGAUUGAGGCGCCCAUCAUCUCCAGCUCGCCAAGCGCCUAUAGCCAUCUCUGACGACGAAGCCAUAAAGAGUCCCCGGUCCGGUCAAUACUCUCAACCUGCGUCACCAGAAGCACCGGGCUCGGAGCCACUUAGCCGCCCGUCUACUGGUCAACGCAAGCGCCCGUGGCUCGGCCUUCGCAGGGCGAAUACGACAGCUUUGGUGCCCGAAAUCGCCGUCUCGCCCAUCGCCGAGGGAGAGAGUUCAACAAAGCCGUCAGGCAUCCCCCGUCUGUGCGAUUCGCUGAAACGCGUCGACUCUGCUGCAAGCAGUACGUUCGAGGGUUCGGGUAGCGCGGAUGAGCAUGGAAGCUUGGCGAGUGCAACGACGGUUGCCGGGAGCGUGGAGAGUGCAAGGGAACGCGGUCGAUUCGGGUGGCGCCUCGCUUCGAAGAGCAGGAACCGGUCAUCAAAGAGCCGCACGCGAGCCUCGUCGCAACCACGUCCCUCGACAGAGAUGACUCCGCCGGUACCAGCCCUUCCGCCGCCCAUUAACACACACGUGGAGGGCCCUCCUGAGUUUGUUCUCUCCCCGCUCACCGCGUCGCCAACGAGCCUGGUCCCGGACGCAUCGGACGCGUUGCCAGAGGUGGGCACUCCGACCACUGCGGGAUCAGCGCCCGCGGGUAAGGGCCAUCGACGAGGAUCGUCAGCUUCAUCUGGGCGCAAGGGCUUCAUUUCCCCCUUAACCCCGGGGACGCCGUGUUCCGAGCUGUGCCCUCCAGGAUGGACGAAGAAGCCGCGGAAAACAUCAGCGGGUAGCCCUCAACCACGCAAUGAGAAGCCUGCUCGGACGCAACCGUAUGCGUACCCGUACUUCGCACCACCACCAGAGUUGGGCGAAUGGGGCGUGCGACAUCCCGAGGUCGAUGCCGCGGCUACGCGGCCCUCGGCUGUGCGGUAG